CCCGCCCUUCAUCUCUCGCGCUCAGAUCAAACAGCGACUCGAGAGCGCGCUCACAUCUGCACGCGAACGCGCAUCUGAGAGAACUCAACCGUCAAAGAUAACAAAGCCAGGUAACGUUAGGCGAUUUUAAAAGGUACUCUUUCAUUACGUGACCUAAUUAGGCCUACCUUACCAAAUGAAACGUAAAGCAGGUUGUCUUUUAAAGCAGACGAUAAAGUUGACAGAAAUUACCUUAAAAGUGGCCCAUUUAUGACGCUCUUGUUUUUCAACGGCUCUGAUUUGAACUUGACAGAAAGUCACGUGACGAAAUCCAGCCGUUCAUUAAUCAUCUGAACCAAAUGUGUUUCUCAGAAAUCACAACUGUCACAGACGGAGGCUUUUUAAAUCCCAAACCCACGACAGUUUUACAUCAUCAGCAUUUUCUAAGCGUGAUUUCACCCGGAGUCUCGAAUGGCUGGAGCGCAAAGCUAAAGAAAUGGAUCAGUCCAGCAGCCCCUUUGAAUGUGAUGUGCUCACAAAUGGUUCGACCCCCAGUGUAUAAGCCUUUAACUCCAUAGUAAGAGCUCCCUCUGCCUCUGCCUCUCUCUCUGAGGUUAGACAGGCACAGAGAGCAUUUCGAGGGAAUCUGUGAGCAGGAUGAGCAGAAUAUAACCCUGUAAUGACUCUAUGAGAAGCCAGCAUCGCAGUCUUCAGUUGCGCGCUUGUGCCGUCUUUCUUAUUUAGACAAAAGCAUGACGGGUGUUUUGCGAAGCUCCAAACAGAGACCCGGUAUGAAGCGACCUCGAAACGAGCCUUACAGGGUUUUCGAUUAUCAACAUGUUCCGAUCUCUGUGACGACCAUCCCGUGUGACUUCACGCCAUUUGGACGGACAUGUUCAUCUCCCUCGUCAUCUUCCGCAGCCCUGCGGCAAAGCAGAGAAAAACCUCAGAGCAAACACAAGUCCAGGAGCAGAGGAAACCAGCUAAGAAUGGAGGAGCUGAUGUGCAUUAAGAAAGAACUGACAGUGAUUAAAUCACAGAUAGAUGAGCUGCUGGACAGUCUGGAGCAGAUGGACUCUCAAAACCAAGAGCUGUCCGGAGACGGUGUGGCGUUCUCUCCGCUCCACGGCUCUGUGAGCAGUGCGGACGAUUCGUCUGGUAGCUCCCCUCCCUCGAGAACAGACAGAGAGACGCAGAGCCCACAGACAGCAGACAGCAGUGAUGAAGACAGACAGCAUGUCAGUGACAAUGAACCAGAUUUGUUCUACAUGUAAAGACAGAUUUCAGACUCCAAAUUCAGACGCCAAGAUCUUCGGGAAAAUCCACAGGAACUCUAAUGAUGGUGUAAAGAAAAGGGCCAUGAAAUACGAGCAGAGAUGCUUGGAUCCGCCGAAACGGUCAUCUUGUAAACUCAAUGAUAUCAGCUCGUUUCAUUAUGAGUUCAGUAGUUCAGUUAUGACUGAUGCUGCAACUCAAUUCACGAUUAUUGAUUUCUGCUUGAAGUCUUUGAAUCUGGUUUGAAUCCAGUUCAGGAGCAGCUGUCUAAACUAAUAUGUUUGUUGUCAAACGCUGCAGAUGAUUUUAUGACUUAUUUGACCAUAUGAUGUUUUUUCAAUCGGUUAAGUACUGAUAUGAUGAUCCUGAAGGUGAUGGAAACACAGACACACACCAUGUUAUUGCAAAUAUCCUACAUACAUAAUUUUAUGGUUGUACACAAUAGUUAUGGGUUAUUAAAUGGCUGCUGCCAAUAACGAUAUCUAAAUAUAUCUAUAUGAAGUGAUAACCCCAUACAUGACCCUGAUAUAUUAAAAGUAAUUAAAUUAUUUAUAUUUAUUAGACGUGAGAUUUACGAUUUAAAACGAGAUGUACAUUAAACACUUAUUUUAACCCAAAUGUCAUGUAUUAUCUGCUCAUUAAUCAGUCUGGCUAAUUUAGUUUUAUGACCUUAUGGUCAGCAUAUGAAUUUUUUGUGCGUAAAAGUCUAGCAACAUCCAUGCUCUUACCAAAAGUUUUCUUUGAAAUAAGGCAUAACAUGGUAAAGCGGUUUCCCGCUGCAUGCUUGUGUAUCUUUCUAAAUAUAUAUCUGUGAUUACGUAAAAUAUUAUGGAAUGCCACAUUUGUUUGUAUCACACAAUUCUGAAUGUAUUCACCAACAGAAAUAAAAAUACAUUCAUGUACAGUA